CAAGCCUUGAAAAUAUUUUUUUUUUAUUUGUUAUUAAAACAUGAAUUAAGCUUUAAUGACAUAAUUUGCACAAGAAUCUCAUAGUUUGAUUUCACAAUCUUGGCUAGAUUUUGAUUUAGUAGAAUUUUUUAUUUUUUGUUUCAUAUAAGGGUACUUGGUUGAUCUUUUUAGAUUAAUGUCUUGAAAGUAUAAGCCUAGAAAAGAUAAUUGGGACAUUAUAAAUUAAACUUUGAUGAUGUAAUUUUGACGAGAAUCUUAUAGUUUGAUUUCACAGUCUCUGAUAGAUUUCGACAUAAUGGAAUUCUUUAUUUUCUCUAAGAAUACUUGCCUGAACUUUAGAUCAAUGUCUUGAAGGUACAAGUCUUGAAAAAAGAGCAGAAAAACAAAGUAUUUUUAUGUAAAGGAGGAUAGAAAAACUUUUCCGCCUAGAUUACGCAAGUUCUUGUUUAUAGCUCGCGGUGUUCGAAGGCCGGCGGAAAGGUCGGGUAGAAUGAAGAAAGGGCAGAAGAAUAUUGAAGCACGGUGAUCUCCCACGAUCUCCCUUGUGCAUCGUGCACCUUCUACGCAUCGCGCGACGAUAAGACGACGCGGCGUGUGCACGCCGGAAUUGGGUGCGCGGAAAAUCAAUAAAACGCCGGAACGGUCUGCGUUGUAUGUCGACCUACAUUCGAGCACUAGCGUGCCACCUUCGUUUCUCUAAAAAUACCGUCGGUAGUUUCUCCUUUCCGCCCGGUAGUAAUAGUCGCAUGCGUCGAUCCCGAUUGUUUCGACGUGUUGCUCCGCGACCGAGCGAAAUUCCAGCUCCUCGAUUGCGAACGAGGCGACUAUGACGAAUUGCAUUUCCGAUGGAAGCGGCUCGUUCCCGAGCGAAAUUCACGCACUGCGUACGAAGGCCGUAGUCACAACACACAUGAAUCAUUUUAAUCGCGAGUCCAAGUUAUUUCCAUUUCUUAAAUAUCUCGCAUUAACUUGAAAGAAUCGUGAAAUAGAAAUUUCUCAUUGGUUUUCUGUCUAAAAGAGAAAGUUAUUCCUUUAGUAUACAUAUUGACCGUUAUGUAAAAGUUAUUUAAUAUGAAACAGAGUAUCAUGGCUCUCUUGUUAAAAUUUUUGAAAUUUUGACUUAUCAUUCCGGGCAAUUGUAUUGCUUAUAGAAGUUUAUACACGCAGAGAGGAAAACUUGAGGAAAGAAAAAAUCGGAUAAAAAAGAUUAUUUUUAUCCUUUCAUCCGUACUUUUUGCCCAAGAAAUGGGACAUUGGCCGGCUGACCUUCGUUGCACCUGGAUCGAUUAAAGUUAUAUAAGAGCAAAAGAAAUAUGAGUACGUUUCGUAUUUUCUUAUUUCGCUAUCAAACACAGUAACAAGGAAUUUAGAUUGAACCUUCGCGGACUGAUUCUAUAUCGAGUCGUUUCGACGUUUAGAGCGUUUGUACUUGGAGCUUUUUAUCAUUUAAUACCUUGCGCGUAUAAAAUGGCACAUUUUUCCCGCUCAUCUUAUUCAUCUCUCUCUCUCUCGUCUUUUAUCUCGUCUUUUAUUCAUACUCUGGUGUCUCGCAGACUUUUUUCUCGCUCGAAAACUGAGACUCCUGCACGUGCGCUCCUUCGAGCCGGCCAGAGUCAGCUAAUUAAGCGAAACGACACCAUUUCCCCACCCCUUUUUUUCACCCGGUCUCUCUCUCUCUCUCUCUCUCUCUCUCUUUCUUUCUUUCUUUCUUUCUUUCUUUCUUUCUCUCUGUUUUGAUGAAAAAUUGAAACAAUCGCGCGAAUCCCUCUCGACCUAAUGCGACAGACUUAAUAAAUAAUUUCGCGGCGCGAGUAAAUGAGGAAACCGCUAUAGGCUCGUACGGUGCAGGCGACAUUGUUCAUCACGCUUGCGCCGGUCUCACGUGUGCGCUCUACCAUACUCGUUUCUAUGUACACCCCGUGCUGUUGUACUGUCGGAACGAAAGUAACAAGAAGUUACACACCAGUGUUGUUUUAACGGGCGAGCCGUGUAGAGUAUCGUCCGGCACGUCAUAAACGCGCAACGCGUUACGUUCGCUUUCGCGCGUGUAACGUCUCGCGACACGUGAAUAAUCACGUUCACGUUUUCGUCGUGUACGCACAAAGUGUCGACGACCGUUUAUCAAUUAAAAUUACUAAUUUUCGCUUGAAUCGCACGAGUUGUCGUUUAGUAGUGCUUCGCGUCCGCCAAAAGUUGAUCGCAGUCUGACGGAUGAAGUAUCCGUUGAGUCGCGUACAUAAUUCGUGAACAUGAAUAAUUAAUCAUUUAACAACGCGCGUGCGUUGAGACUUACUACUUCGUGAAAUUAAACCGUCAUUUGCCACUUGAAUUAGCUAAAGAAUAGAGGAAACCAAGCUCCUCGAUUUUAAAUCAUAAACAGAAGAAAUAGAGCUAGUGAGUGCAAAAGCACGGUUUUUUAGUAUUAUUAAAUAGUUUAAUGGGAAACGUACUUUUGCUCUCAUUAGCUCUGUGCCUUUAUUUGUUAAUUAGUUAACUUAUUAGUUUUACUGGACUUCUCUUCUUUAUUGUCUACUCGCGCACUGUUAUUGCUUUUUUUCAAUAAAAUGCGAGUUGUGUUAAGUAAUUCGAUGGAAAUAAGCAAUAUACAUACACAUAACUAAAUUGUCAAUGCAUACAUAAAUUUGCGAAGUUUCCAAAUCAAGGAUUCAGUUUUGCGCGGAAGGAUAUCAGCGUUUAUUUAUCGCAUGGACGUCGGACCAGUCGAGCGCGUGAUAUAAUCUCUCAUGCCGCAUUAUCGCGUUGACAUUUGCUGUGAAAAACUGAAAAAGCUACGCGCAAAUUGCAACAGGUGUAAUUUAAUGACAUGCGCCGCGUUUUCUGUCGUCUCUAGAACUCGAGAUUUGUUUUCUAACGCCGAUAUGAAAAUAAACUUAAUCGAUUUAUACGUUCGCAUACGUACGUCCUGGGAAAAUCAGCGUGAAAUCUAUAUUUACUGUCGGUGUCCUCGGGAAAGUAUAGUUAUGGUCGAUCAUUUCUAUUUAUCGUUCUAACGCAACUCCAAUUCUGAGCAGCAUCAAGAUUUAUUGUCCUCUCCGAACAUCUUAUUCCGCGAACGUUCGCGAUUUUUGAACUUUUCGCGCGACGAAAAUGUUUCGCCAAUCGAAAUUUCAUUCAUAAACAUUUAUUACUGUGAUUCGAAGAAACGAUAAUAAACAGUAGCGACAAAAUACGCGGAAAUAAUUUUGCCGAUUGACACGUCUUCGUAGAAUGAAGUGCCGUCUUCCUCGAGAUGAACGCGAUUCAUAUAAAAAUGUAAUUGUGCAAUUCUGUCACAAACAGGUCGUCGUAUAUUACGAGGCGUAUGUCAUUAGUAUAAAAGCGUAGAAUUGACUCCACGUGUUCCAAAUAAGAGCUCUCUCGUAAUAAAGGAAAUGAUAUAAUUCAUAGUUAUUGAACGUUGACAUUGAUACGUUAAUGUGUGCGUGAAUUGUCGAUCUAGAGGUGUUACAUGAUCGGACUUUGGCCAUUUAAACCACGCCGAAGCGGCAAAGUGGAGGUGAUGUUGGGUUCCAUUAUGUUUCACGUGAGGAGGAGGCCCGCGGACUACAUGCCGCGGAAACGUAAAAAGAAACCUGCCGGGAAAUGGAAUGAACUGGAUCACAGGUAUGAGGAUGAGAGGCUGCCCUUCCUGCUGGAGCUUAAUCCUGACGGCAGCGAUAUCCCGAACGGUGCCGGGGUGCGACAUCGGUUACAGCCGAAUGUAACAGAAGUGGGAUCGGAACGGCCGAUCGGACCGCAAGCGGUGCAAGCGCAAACGCUGACGUUACCGGGGCCAACGGUAAUGCCGAGGCAUUGCGUGAUAGCCUUUACCGAGAACAUCGUCACUCUCACGCCAUGCUCCAGAGACGCACACACGUACGUCAACAACCAGAGGAUACACCAGACCACCAUACUGCAGAAUGGAGCUAUUAUCAAGUUCGGCAGAAUGCACACCUUCCGAUUCAUCGAUCCAGCACCGGAGGAACGCAUCAGGCAGAGACACGAUUCUAACAAGCAGAUCGACUACGCUUACGACCGACGCUCGCCGGACGCGACCAGCCAGGACGUCAGCUCGGAGAAGUUCCGACCAGGGUCCGGCACGCCGAACGGCGGCGCUCAGGCCCAAAAUCAAGGUCAAGAACGAGCGACCCCAUCGAGUCCUUCCAAAUCCGCUGCCGCUCGUAGUCCCCGUAGUCCUACACACCCGUCGGAACCCACGCACAAUUACGAGACCACGUUUGACUUGGACGGUAACGUGGAGACCGCCAGUCUCAGCAGCAGCAGAGACGGCAACAGGCUUGCGCAGUAUGAUCGACAGCCGCGAGGCACGGAUCCGAUCUUGCCUGCCGUCCUGGAGUUCCUCGAAGAGACGGAGGAGGCAUUUCUCCAUGCCGUUAUCACCGAUGUAGAGCCUUCAGCGCCGCAGUUCAAGCUGGCUCCGACUUACACCCUCUACCUGAGCGCGAGGUAUCGUGCCAGCACUCACUAUAGACCGGAACUGCAGCCCACAGAGAGAGCACAUCGUCUCACUGUUAUGCUGGCGAAUGUCGCUACUAUGAUACAACGCGUUAUCCAGGAACGUUAUAUGGAUGCUUCGUCGUUGGCUUUCUGGCUGGCGAACGGCUCAGAACUGUUGCACAUGUUGAAGAGUGACCGACACGUAGGUGCAUUUUCAACGCGAGCGCAGGACAUUCUGACAGACGCGGUGCACACGUCAUUCGGUUCGCUGGUGCGUUGUGUCACGUUAGAACUAGCGCCGGCCAUGACUCAGUUUAUGGCGGACGCGGACGAGCCGGCGAAGGAGGCUGGAGUGCUGCAGAUCUUCUCGAAUUCGAUGGCAUUGUUGCGACGAUGUCGGGUAAACGCUGCAUUGACGAUACAGCUGUUCAGUCACCUCUUCCAUGCGAUCAAUGCCACAGCCUUCAACACUCUGGUUUCCAACGGAAAUCUGUGCGUUCGAUGGUUCGGGCGCAGGCUAAAGGCGCGAUUAAACGCCUUAGAGACGUGGGCCGAAAGGCAAGGUCUAGAACUCGCCAGUCAAUGCCACUUGGCGACGAUCAUGCAGGCGACUCACUUACUACAGGCACCCAAGUAUAAUGCCGAAGAGCUGGCUACCCUAAGCUCCACUUGCUUCAAGCUGAAUUCUCUGCAGGUCAGGGCAUUGCUACAGAAAUAUCAGCCUGCAGCGGACGAGCCUAGGCUGCCCGCCGAGUUAAUUGAGAACGUUGUAAGGGUAGCAGAGAGUGUCGCAGAUGCGCUCGCACGUUCAGACGGCCGAGAGAUAAGACUGGAAGAAGAACCUGUUUUGGGAUUGGCGCUACUGCUACCCGAUGACGGCUACAGUUGUGAGGUCAUAAGAGGUGUUCCGCCAGGACUGGCCGAAUUUUUAACACCUCUGCAACGAGAUGGUUUAUGUCGAAUGGCAGCUCAACCCACCAGCAGCGGCUAUUGGACCAUUUACAUGAUAGAUCAUCAUAACAAUCUACGUAGUCCCAGUGCGAUGAGCAACAGAUCAGGUGGUUAUACCAGCCACAUCACUCAAAACCAAGCCCAACCGGAAAUACAUGUCAUUAAAUUGCACAAGAGUACCAAUGGCAUGGGCUUGAGCAUCGUCGCGGCGAAGGGAGCGGGGCAAGAUCGAUUAGGCAUCUACAUAAAGAGUGUGGUCGCUGGUGGUGCAGCCGACGCUGAUGGUAGACUGACAGCAGGCGAUCAACUACUCAAGGUGGAUGGACAAAGUCUCGUCGGAAUUACACAAGAAAAGGCUGCCGAAUAUCUCGUGCGUACCGGACCCAUCGUGACGCUGGAAGUUGCAAAACAAGGCGCUAUAUAUCACGGACUGGCAACGCUGUUAUCUCAACCUUCCCCUGUGAUGACGAGAGCGUAUAAGAGUCGACCGAGGUCCGAGCUCUUAGAGGCUGUGAGACCAGCGGAAGCGGCGGCGGCGGCCGGUCAGCCAGCCACGUCACACUCGAUGGGCGAUUUAUUGUCCUUGCCGAAGCAGACAACGUGUCAGGACGUAGCUCAACCAGGUGCGAUCCCGUCCCAACGCUUUGUCGACACGUCCUUUUACCGUAAUCAGCUCGAUCGAGGUUUUCCGCGAAUUGAUCUCGAAGAGUACCACUCCGCGCGGCAGAAUCCGUUCUCUGUUCUCCAUCAGAGAAGCGCAUAUUCGACCGCUUAUCCCGUCGACGAGAGAGAGUAUCUGUAUCGUCCAUCCACUCCCACAGUUUCCCCUGUACGCCUCCCGAAACCCCGUACGCCUCUCUACUGUCCUCUGAUCUCCAUCACGAGCGACAACGCAGUGUCAUCCGUCAUAUAUCAAGACGAGAGCGACGAGAGCGACGAUAGAAUCGUCGAAGAAGACGAGGAACAAGGUGAAGUCGCGACGGGUAACUCAAGUUACUCGGCAGACACUACAAAUCCGUUCGAGAGGAUCACUACACCACCAGAGGAAUACGCGACGCCCAUGACGGAGUCUAAACGCUUGUCGUUGACUUUUGACAGGAGCUUUUUCGAUACUAUACCGUACAUCGAUCAGACCGAUGAUACUAAUCUCGCAGAAGCUUCUGAAUGUGUUCAGGGAACAUCGUGUAAUUCUAGUCUUAAGGACGUUCAGAAGCGCGCAAACGUAGAUCGUAACAAUCAACAGACUUUAAAUAUCGCAGAAUCUAAUUUCGAGUUAGGUAUGCGUAGCCAUUCUUCGCCGAAUAAGUCGAUGCUGUCUGUCAAGAACGAAGUACUUGCGUCAGGUCCCGUCGCGGAAUCUAGUCAAGACGACUUCUCAUACUUCCAAGACGCAGGACGUGAGUUGAGUAUUAAUGAGCAAUGCGACGACAAGUUAGACAUUAUUUCCAACUCUGAAGACUGCGCAGACGAAUCCAGUUCCACGAUUAAUGACGAUCUCACAUCGAGUAGAGCUGACAAAAGCGCCGAGGAUGGGAUCUCAACCCCCAAGAUGUACACUAUAAUGCCGGAACUGCACCUUGACCUGAGCGGGCUGAAUAGCGACGUGUCUAGCGACGAGUCCAAGACUGAAAAGUGCUGGAAAUCGCCGGAGGAGGUGCGUCUAGGAUGCGGCAGAGUCGCAGCAUUGGCGAAACACUUCUCGAAACUUGGCGACGCCGGUCUGAUCAGAUUCAAGUCCACCAAAUUGACCGAUUCUCGGCAAUUCGUGUCGGAACCGGAUAUUAUGACGCCGGGAAAAAGUAACGAACGUUCGGGCAAGGAACAUUUGCGUGUCAAGGAGUACAAAUCGGACUCGGACCUGACGAGAGAGACGGACAGCGACUCUUGCAUCGGCUCGGCUGCCAGACGUAAUGUCAUCUUGGUGGACGUUGAAACGGACGGCAACUUCGCGAUUCAAGGAUGUAGACUCCAUCAUUGCAGUGCUAAGCGGCUCACCACCGCUAAGUUUCCUUCGUUGAGUGAUAACAAAGAGCAAAUCGCCGCUGAGAAAAGCGUAGCCUUGACCGAGAUCGAAGACUGUGAUGACGUGUUGAGUCACGAGAGCAACGAUCAAGUCGCGGGAAUCAGAAAUCACAAAGUAGCAAAUGACAACAGCGAAUCUCAAGUCCUCGAAAGCCACAAGAACGCGUUGGCUAAACACGUUAGUAUAAAAGACAACAAAUUGUCCUUGGAAGAGCAGCAGGUGAUCGUAGAACAACUCGAGCAAUUCUCGAACCUGGAUAACGCCGAUGCGCCUUUAUUCAUACCAGAACGAAGCGUGGAGCAAGCUCUUUUAAAGGACGGGAGUAACGAAGUUUCUGUCCUUGACAGCUCCACUCUAACAAAUGUAACAAAUCAAUCGGAGGCAAUGCCUCGGGAGAAGUUAUCAUCACUGGUCGAUACGAAUAAUAGCUCCCAGAAAACUAAGCAAGAUGAAGCUUCCAGUUGUUCGUCGUCUUCUUCUUCUUCUCCCCUGGCUUCCGUACGUUCUCCUUCAUCUUCCCACUCUUCCGUCGUGCUGUCUGUUUCGAAUGUCGCGAGAAGUUCUCUGUCCUCGGAAGAUAGCAGGUCGCAAACCCGUCAGCAUUGCGGAAAGCACUCCAAACCGUGCCUGUUCAUAGACAUUUCUCAUUCUUCCACUAAAAGCCGCUCUAACGACAGUUCUUCGGAAAGUCCGUCGAUGCUUCCGCCACGUGCGAGCGCGUGCGAUAACAAACUGAAUAUUCUGCACGUACGAAUCGCCAGACCGCCACCGCUCUGCGGCAGUGAGGACAAUCUGAUCGGCGCUGCAAUUUGCAGCAAGGAGAUAGCUGAUCAGGCCGUAGACCGUUGCGGCGAGUCCGCUAAGUUGACACGCAGCUGCGAGAAUAUUCUAAGCAGUAAGUUCCUAUCCGAUUCCAUCGAGCGAAGGCGGUCCUCGGGAAGCCUUCAUAAACAUAUUGACUCGUUCCGCAAGUCUUGUAAUAAAUUAGACUCGAAAUUCAAGGAAAAGACACGCUGGUACCGUUAUCGCUCUCUCGAGGAGCUGAAAUCGAAAAAAGGAUCGAAGAGACAAGAUAACUAUACCUCAGAUGGAGCCGAGGUUCAAAGAUUCGGCAGAUUCACCGACGAUAGAUUAGCUCUCGAGGAUAGAGAGGAGACUCGACGGGACCGUUGCCGAUCAUUGGAAGAACUGAAGUCGAAGAAAGAAUCGCGCGAACAAGACAGACCGACUUCGGCUCCUGAAGUUCAAAAACCCGACUGGAUGCCGAAGAGACUUCGCAGAAAGCGCGUGAGCUACGAUCAGUUGAAAGGGAACUCUUUCGAGCUGUCACGUAAGAGCAAAACGAAAGACGAGGAACCGCAUAAGUGGCGGGUUGAAAGGAAGUCCCAGAGCGAGUUGGACGUUUCGAGGCGGAAGUCCGAUUCAGAGAGGGACGGUUGGAGCUUCCGUGAGAUCAGCUCGCUGAAAGAUGACGACCGGUUCGCCUUGCGUCCUCGUCGCAUGAGCGAGCGGGAUCUACCGUCGCGGCUUGGACACGACGCCACUCCUCAACAAAUCCACAGCAGCAAGUCUGUGCCGGCAUUGCAUAAUGUGGGUACCGAGACCAAGCAGCAGCAUGAGGUAUUUAAUCCAGGAUACAGCAGAGCCUCUUCCAGCAACAGCGUCACGCCGCCUGUUCAGCCACCUCCUAUGGCAACGAUCAAUAGCGCAACUUCCUUGCGUUCUAGGUCGAGUCAUAAUUUACACGACCCCAUGAGAAUCGGAACUUUACCACCCUCCGGCUUAGUCAGCAGGCAGCAAUCGUCACCCAACUUAAAUCCGAAUCCAACGCACGCAAAUAUACCGUUGAAUGCGCAGAACUUGGAAGCAGAGAGAUUUUACCAGAAUCUGAGCAUUUAUCGAAACCAAGAUCCAACAGUGAAGCAACAGAUCAGUCCACAACAGUUGGACGAUAGGAACCCUCAGCACAUUCAGAAGACCCUAAGAGGCUCACAAAACUCGCUGAAUCGUCCGUCCACUCUGGAUAUCAGCGGACACACUCGAGAUCGUCCAACGUCCGCGUAUAUCGCUCAAAGCCAACAGCAGAGUUACACGACGAUCAAUAAUCAGAUGCAGCAGCAGAGCGGAGGACUGCCACCGCGUUCACAAUCGUCACGCGACAUGAUUCGCCAAGAAGCGAAGUUACAAGAGAUGCAGGAGGAGGUUCGACGUCGAGAAUUGCGUGGAGGUGCGCCGAUGCUCAAUCAACAUAGACCACCGGCGAUGUACAACAUCGGUCCGCGAGGAGCAGCGUCUUCUCAGCAACUGUCGAACACCUUGAACGUCCGUUCGCCGAGACCGCUCGGUUCUACGUCGAACUUGGGUUCUACCUCCUCGUACGCUACUGCGAGACAAAAUGCACCCAGUUACAAUUACCCAGAUACUCAGUACUCGCAGUACAACAGCACUCAGUACGGUCAGUAUGGCCAGUACAAUCAAUACCCAAAGUACCCAACGGCCGGUGGACAAUACGGCCCAAUGAUACCGAAGCCGAAGAACGAGGGAGCGAUCCGCGGUCAUCAGACAACGUCCACUGAGAACAUACUCGGUAGAGACGCCAGCAGUCAAGAUGCAAAAUCCUACAUCGAUCAGAACCGACAUUUUACCGGCUCACAGAACAGUCCGCAUUAUCCAAAUGGCAACUUAGAGCAGCGUGUCGACCAGUACGCGAACGAUAAUGUCGUCAGCCGAACACAGAACGGAGAAGGCCACUCUAUGACGACGACGGAAACGCCGCCAGUGAGACCAGCUCUGCCGGAGGAGACCACUUACAGCGAGAGCCCGCCGCCACCACCACCCAACACUUCAACGCAUCCUCUUUAUAACAAACAAGCUGACACGAGAUAUACCGCAAGCAUGCAAGAUCCACCACGGGGUACUUAUUACCCCGCGGGAGGAAUCGGCGCUAUGCAGCAACCACGACAGUAUCAGUACAGUGCGACGAAUCCUUGGCAACGAGAAGAGAGAGAAAAGGAGCAAGCGCGCAGGAGAGAAGCCGCGAGACAAUGGCGUGAUCAGCAGAUUUCCGAACUGAGCGCACUGGCGCAUCGAACACAGCAGCAAGAAGAGCAGCUCCGAGCAUUACAGUUAGAGAGGGAUUUCCAGAAACGAGCGGAAGAGGCUGCCAAUCAAGACGACGACGAGGAGAGUAACGACCUUGACAACGAGAGCGCGCAACGCGUUCAGGGCUUACUAAGAAUGGCGGUCAGCCAGGAAAGAAUCGUCCAAGCGAAUCAACAACCGCCAAUUUUGUCCAGAACAAACACGGGCAACCAGUCUAUGAGAGGCGGCCUCUCUCUGCAGCCGAUUAGCAGCCCAAUGCAACCCACUACUAGCAGUCACUCUCACAGUUUGCCCAGUCAAACGACGUCUCAAAAUGUUGGAGUGAGCAGUUCUGGUCAGGAGAACAGCGGCCUGCACAUACAACCGAGUCAGCAACAGCAGCAAACUGCAAGUCAAAUCAGUGAGGAGCAGCAGCAGAUGCAUAUGUCGUCUAAUUACAGUACACCUUUGAGUCACUUUGGCUCCGGUCAGAAAUCCUACUCCGUCGGCAUGUCGCACUCUUCAGAGGAUAGAGAGCUCCAACGGCGAAUAGACGAGGUGAAACGAAAGCAGGCCGAGUACGAAGAGAACCAGAAAAAGCAGGAGGAAGAACUCAGGCAGCACCAGCUGCAUUCGCAACAACAGACGUAUCAGCAGAACCAGCAUCCGAGAAACCAGCAAACACUACAUCCCGGCAUGCUGCGUUUGGAUAACUUGAUCAUCAAUGGGCCUAACGUGCCUAUACCCUCGCAGAAUAGCAUGAACGAUGCACCUCCGCCACCAGAACGAGGCUCUAGUUACGCCGCUAUGUCGCAGCAAAGUGCUCUCAGGUCGAACGGCUCGACCGCGUCUAAUCUACCUCCAAGUUCUCAGCAGCCAGGAUCCAUGAAAAAGGUCUCUUUUCAUGAUUCCAAUGCAAACAGCGAAUCUAUGCUGCGCAACGUACCGUCCGGAACGUCGAAUCCGCCAUCGAUAACGAUGGACACCAUCAGAGAGGAUCCGAACAAUUUUAUCAACGACGCGGAAAAUCUAUUAGCGUCUCCCAAAACGCCGGAAGGUUCCGGGACUUCGUUUUCUGGCUCUACUCCCGGAGUGAUCGGAGCACAAGAAGUGUAUAAGGAUCCGCGACAAAAGCGACUGGCGGAGAAGCAGAAGCAGCAACAGAACUCGCAGAUCGGCGCGGUGCCGGAGAAGCUCAGCUUCAAGGAAAAGAUGAAAAUGUUCGCGAUGGAGACUGGCGAGGACGGUACACCGCGUGACAAAGUGAAGAUCUCGCGCGCUCAACGCGAGAUCGACAACAUCAGCAGCCCUCUCAAUUCCAACAACAACAACAAUAACACCAGCGGCAAUAACAACAAUAACAAUAGGACCUAAACAACCUAAACAACGUUGUAUUUCUCGCUUCCAGGCUUUAGUGAGUAGGAAGUUCCAAAAUUUUACGAAAUAUCUGGGAUGCUUGGAGAAAAGUCAUUGUUGCGAGACACGUGGGUCGUAAUUGAAAGAGCGAAUAGAUUGAACCACAGUUAACUUUAUUAAAUAUCACUGUUUUACUGUUAGAAUUUAUAGAGAACAUAUACGAACAUAUUGAAAAUACUUCUUCUUCUUUAAAAAAGAAGACAGUUACAUAACUGAAAAGAUACUAGUAAUGUUGUUAACAAAAUGAAAAGUUAAAUUUCUCUAAACUUAUGGACACAUAAACUUAGAGAAAAAUAUUCAUACUACAUAUUUAUACUAAAACCUAUAUUCGUAUUUUUGCUCUUCGCCGAAAGUGUGCACAUAAUACUUGAUUAGUGUUUUUAAGAUUACCGAAUUUCUGCCUUACUCUUUUUUCCGAGCACCGUAGAUACUUCGCCGUGCAUCUCGUGUCGGACAAAGAGAGAGACACACACACAGAGGAAUUAUGUACAUUGCGCGUAGUUUGUAGUCACACGCGACGAAUUAAUUAACUCGACUAAACGUGGUACACCCCACUACGCGAGAGGGGAUGCCCUAUUUUUUUGCGUUCAAAACGAAUCCGGCGAUUCUCCAUACACACGCAUACACACAUACACCAGCGUCGAAGUACAAACGAAAUUUUAUAUAGCUCUUUGACCAAAAAUGUCGUGUGUUCGGCGAAGGAGGACCAUUAAUAAGAUAACGAUAACGUUGCGGGCGCGAUGUUAGUCGUGGCGAGGAGGGGAAAGUCGGCGGUUCUCGUGCGCUGCGCGUCCGUUAUUCCUGACUAUAUUUCCGGACCAACGUAAUCUUAUUAUAGUAACUGAUAAUGUAGUGUCGAGACUAGUAACGGCGUAGGAUAAAGCUCGCAAGGACUGAUUUAAGCUCAUCGAUAGAGACGGAUCGUUUCGCGAAUGUACAUAAAGAGGUGGCAAACAGUAGGCCGGGCAGCAUUGAUUAUCGUACGCGUUAGUUUUAUAUUUAUCACUCUCUCGGCAUAUAGCGGAAGGUUCUGAUAUAUAUUUAAAUUAUACGACUAUACGGAUUUACACACUUACGCCAUUAUGCACUUAAUGAAGUACGACAAAAUAGCGUAGUUAGAAGAUAGAACGGAAAAUAGAAAAAGGAGAAGAAGGAGAGAACGUGUGCGUGUUUGUGUGUAUGUGCAUGUACACGCGUACGCGUGUAUGUGUGUAUCUGUAUGCAAAUAAGUGAGAAAAGUGUGGGUGGAAAGAUUUAUAUUUAUAUGAUGCGUUUCACAGGGAGAAUAGUAGAAAAAAUAGACGGCUCUAGCUUAGUUCUCGGAUUGAGGCUCUAUCUUAUGUAGAGCUGAAAUAAGAGUUCCGCCGUUCUGUAGAAUUCAAAUGAAAGCCCUACGUUUCAUAGAGCUCGAGCAAAAGCGCUCUGUUCUCGUAGAACGGAGGCUCUACCUUUGCAGAGCAUAGAACGAAUAGGUUGUUCCGCGAAAAAAAUACGAUAUAGACGAUUAAAACAAGAGAUUCCUAUUUUGAUGUAUCUCUAUCGACUAUCUGCUUCAUUGGCAGCGUGGAAACUCCACGGUCGAAAGUAAAAAUCUUAUGCGAUAAAUUAUCGAUGUAUUAUUGCAUUUAGAUGACAAGAAAUCAAAUUACAUUCUUGCUAUCUUUCGACGAUACAAGAGUCGUCUUUUCAUUAGUGGUACUUAGAUCAAGAAAUUACUUUUACUCGUUAGGCUCGUCCAUGUAAGAGACACUUUUCACUGAUGUACAGCGUGACUCACUUAAGAUGUUUGUCGCGGUCUCUAUUCAUUAUUUUUAUAAAUCUUUUUAAACAAGUUCGUAGUAUAUUAUAUAAAAUUAGUUUUGCUUUAAUGAUUGGUUAAUUGAUAUUAUUUUUAAGAAACAUCAGAGUCGCUGUUUUGUUAAAUAUUUUAAGGAAAAGGAAGAUGAAGGAAAUAAGAAACGUAUUCGGCGAUGACGCAAGAUUUAUGUUGCAGUGAUUGUGAUAUUUAUUGUGGACGUAAUGGCGCGAGAUAACAAUCGUGAUAAAUUUUGUGGGAUGUUCAGUGUAUUUGAAUUUAGUGUACAUUGAACUUCCAGGUAUUACAAAUUUGCAAAUUCGUCUUUCUCGCUAAUUCUUAUGUACGAUUCGUUUAUGCCUGAACGAUCAUUGUAAUUCACAAUGGCGAAACAACGGGCGACAUCUGUAUUUAUCGCCGUGUAAUAUCAUCGUAUAUAGUCUCUGAUUUUUAGUUAUAUAUUUCUAUGAGAUGUCGAUGUUUUGAAUGGUAUUGGUUUAUGAAUACGAAUAUCGUCAAAAUUACACAACGUUGCGCGCGAUCGGUCGAGAAUUGACAUCUUAAGUAAGCCUCACUCUACACACAAUCAUCAUGUUAUUAUAAUCCUCUUGACAUCAAGUGAUAAUUAACGCAAAAAUCCAGCUCGAGACACUUCUUCGCGUAAUCCUAAGACUUCUAAGUUAAUGUUAGAUGCUCUCGAAAGAAGCCUGAGUAUUCGUAGAUAGUGUAACGCACUAUUUCAGGGAAGUAGAGGGAGAGAGAGUUGGUGAUCUAACGUGAGAGAGAGAGAGAGAGAGAGAGAGAGAGAGAGAGAGAGAGAGAGAGAGAUGGGGGGGAGAGAGAGCUUAGUGAUCUAACGUGAAGAACACACAAAGCAUAGCAAUACUAGAAUUUAAGGUAAAACUACAUAGUAACUGUACAAAUGAUCGUGGAGGGUGUCCGUUGGCCGAUCUCGCGCGAUGGAAAUCGCCACGAAAAACUGAGCGGACCGACGCUUAGGAAAGAGAGUACUUGCGUUCUCCUCAGUGCUUCGUUGCAUUCUUUUUUAAAAAUUUUAGUUUUUAAUUUUUAUUUUUAUUUUUUAUAUAAUUAUGCAACAUCAUUGCAUUCCUCGCCGUCCAAUCUACGUUUCGCGUGUUACGAUAAAAAGAUAAAGAAUUAACGAAGAGGAACUCUUUAUACGUUUCAAAACAGUAUUCUUAGAAACGAACUGUCAGUAUAUGUUUCGAGUAUUAUUUGCGAUUAAUUAUUCACGAUAGAGAACAAGUCAUCUUCGAUAUUUCCAUUUUUAUUUCCAUUUUAUUACGAAUUAUCUUCCGGCAGUGCGCGGAAUACUGGUCGAUUAAUGUCUUUUGAAAAAGAAAGAUCACUUGUACUUCGACUUUCACGUAUUCCUACGCAACCUAUGCAUUACGCUCUACUGGAGAAACGAGGGAUAGCAUUUGUUUUGCGCACAUUCACCUGUAAAGUUUGAUCUACAAUGUGUUUUUUGUUUCCUAUUUCGUUCUCUUUAUCUCUUUUUAACUCACAUCUUAAGCCUUAAGUUAAAAAUAGUCAGAGAACAAGAAGCAGAUGCAAAAAGUAUCCCUGGUGAAAAUUGAAAUUGGAGAGUAAAUAAAGUGUAAACGAAGAGUGAUGGAAGUGUAAGUGAAGCGUCUAUAAAGCGUAAAUUGAAACAUCGGAACGUAAAGCAAGCGGAUAGUAGUAUACUAACCAUUUACUUUACGUUCCGAUGUUUCAAUUUACGCUUUAUAGACGCUUCACUUACACUUCCGUCACUCUUCGUUUACACAUUAUAUACUCUCCAAUUUCAAUUUUCACCAGGGACAUUGUAGAUUAGGCUUAAAAGUUGCGGAAUAUUGAUUUCGCGAACAACACUAUCUCCACGAAUAGAAUGGAUCGUUCUUUUGCGUGAAAUAUUCUAGAGGGAACUUUACAUUACACGACUGCAUAUGAAGUAUUAUUUCACCCAUAGUUCACUUCUCGCGAAAACGAGCCAUCCAGCGUUUCUCACGAGAGCUCGACGAUUAAUUUCCGGGAGCGUCGAUAAUCACUCCCUGUGAGUAUUGAUUGUAGAGAAAGUUUCCAGAACUACAUUUUCUCGUUUUAUUUAUCUUCCUUAUUACUUCUUCUUUUUUCACUUUCGUCGUUCAUGUGCUUCUGCCGACAUUCGUUGUUUCGGCCUUACCAUUCCUCCACUUAGAAACGUUAGUGAUAAUACUAAGCAGCUUGUUACACGCUGUCGUGCGACGAAUUUUGCUCGUGUCCACAACGAAUUUCUGCUCUUAUUAAGUAAUACGCUAAUUGUACAAUUAACGCGCGAGCGAGGUUCCAUCGUCCGUAGUUUUAACUCUUUAAUUUUUAAUUAGCCAUAAAAACGCGCGCGCCAGUCGAGAUGUGAAUCUUGACUUUAUUAACAGGGAUUAAUUAUUUUGGCAGACAAGAUGCUUAGUUUGGCAACUAAACAUAUUCACGUCGAUGCAAAGCCUAAACUCGACACGUUAAUCAAAAAUCUUAGUAAACGAAAGAAAGAGGGAGAAAGGUCGAGGGAGAGUAAAAGAGAGACAAAGAAUAAAAGAAAAAGAAACGAGAAGAUAAUCGAUGACUCCCUGCUUGUUGUGUAUAGCGAGCGUACAUACUUGCACUAUAUUUUGUAAAACUGUUUUCAUAAUCUCGUAGCGAUGGUAUCGGCCGAUUGACUAAUCGCCGAGAGCAGCUCCACCGUCACGGAUGUUAUUAAUAUUACUAUAUUUUACUUAUAGAAUAUCGAUUGUAAUUUCGCAAAAUACGGUAUAUUUUUUAAUUAUUGUAUCAUGUAAUGUUACUAGCGAAAUACGAUAUUUGACGGAAAAUAUAUGUCAGCUGUAUUCAA